ACCGUGCGCAUUAAUCCCGGCGCCGUGGGCUUUUUCCGCGUGUGCUACCAUCCCACCAUGCUGCCGCCCAUCCUCACCGCGCUCUCCAAACACCAAAUUCCGGAGCGCGAUCGUCUGAACCUGCUGGAUGAUCAUUUUGCGUUGAUAUUUAUGGAGGAGGGGGACGAGUGCAUACGUAAUACGGUUGAAUGCCACUACAUGGCACUAAAGAAGAAGCCUUUCUAA